AUGUCUAUUUUGCAAGAGAAAAUCCAAUUGAACAACGGCACUGCCAUUCCGGUCGUGGGACUGGGCACAGUGACUCCAGAUGAUAAAAAACCCCUACUCCACGACGUUGUCAGAGCAGCAAUUCUCGAUGCCGGCUACCGUCACAUCGACACCGCGUGGUACUACGGCGUGGAGCCAAUUCUGGGCGAGGUUCUGGAGGAGAUCUUCAAUGAGGGCAAGAUCAAGAGAGAAGACAUUUUCAUCACCACCAAGGUCUGGCCUGCUCUGUGGAAGAACCCGCAAAAGUCUCUGGAUAAAUCACUCAAGGAUCUGAGAGUCGACUACGUUGACCUGUGGCUGCAACACUGGCCAUUGACUUUCAAAUCUGACGAGAACGGCCAGCCACCGGUUCCUCGCGACAGCUCAGGAAAAGUGCUUGAGGACGACGGCGAUUUUCUGGACACAUACAAGAAGAUGGCUGAUAUCUAUAAAAAUUCGAAUAAGGUGAAGGCCAUCGGAGUCUCGAAUUAUUCCAUUGGCAACCUGGAGAGAUUGUUGAAGGAAACUGAUGUGGUGCCUGUGAUCGACCAGAUCGAGCUUCACCCACAGCUCCCUCUGAACGAUCUGGUGGAGUUCUGUAAAGAGCACAAAAUUGUUGUCGAGGCGUACAACCUGCAGACAUCCUUGUGA